AUGACCAAUCAACUGACGUGGAGAUAUUUCUUGUGGCCGACGGCUCGACCGAAGUUACAUUUUCCUUUCCUCUCUCCCAUCAUGAAGGCGUUCUUUGCACUAUUUGCGACGGCUUUUGUAGCCGGAGUACGCGCCUCCAAUGUUCUUGAACUAAACCCUGGCAACUUUGACGACGUUGUAGGUGUCGGAAAGCCUGGCCUUGUCGAAUUCUUUGCACCCUGGUGUGGUCACUGCAAGAAUCUCGCACCUGUAUAUGAACAAGUCGCGGAUGCAUUCUCGCAUGUCAAAGACAAAGUCUACGUCGCCAAAGUAGAUGCUGAUGGCGAAGGCAAGCCGUUGGGCCAAAAAUAUGGUGUCACUGGUUUUCCGACAUUGAAAUGGUUCAACGCCGAUGGUACAGAGGAGGCUUAUUCUGGUGGACGCGAUCUCGACAGUUUAGCUGCAUUUAUCUCCGAAAAGGCAGGUGUCAAGUCGAGCAUCAAGCCGCCUCCCCCGCCAUCAUACCCCAUUUUGGAUAUUUCAACAUUUGAUGAAGUCGCUAUGGAUCCCACUAAAAAUGUCCUUGUUGCGUUCACUGCGCCAUGGUGUGGUCACUGCAAAAAUAUGAAGCCGGCAUAUGAGAAAGUCGCAACGACCUUCCUACCGGAAAGCGAUUGCAUCAUCGCUAACGUCGAUGGUGAUGACAAGAAAAACAGCGACUUGACUAAGAGAUAUGAAGUCACAAGCUUCCCAACGAUCAAGUUUUUCUCCAAGGAUAACAAGGAGGGCAUAAGCUACGAGGGUGGACGCUCCGAAGUCGAUUUCGUCAACUUCCUGAAUGAGAAAUGCGGCACCCAUCGUGCAGUCGGAGGAGGUUUGACAGACAAGGCCGGGCGCCUCCCUGACUUUGACGCCCUUGCUAGCAAAUUCUUCGCCGCCGCUGAAGAUGCAAAGAAGGCAGUUGUCGAAGAAGCGAAGGCACUCCUAGCUUCCAACACGAGCGAAUCUGCUCAGUACUAUUUCCGGGUUAUGGAAAAGCAAGUCAGCGGACCUGCUGGGUACCUUGAGAAAGAGCUUAACCGGUGGGCGCCUUUUUUGUACUUCUUUGCGUUCAUCUUCUGA